AUGGAGAAGCAUAGUUCAUCUUUGGUGGUAGAGUUAUCUUACCCAGACUUGGUCAUCAAUGUAGGAAAAGUGACUUUGGGUGAAGAAAACAGAAGGAAGCUACAGAAACCUCGGAAAGAUCAAGAGAAGGAGAGAGUUAUGAGGGCUGCAUGUGCUUUAUUAAACUCAGGAGGAGGAGUAAUUCAGAUGGAAAUGGCAAACAAGGAUGAACAUCCCAUAGAACCUUCUUUGAGAUCAAGCAACAAGGUCGAUGUUGUUCCAUUUUUGUUAAAUCUUGGAGCUAUAACACUUCCCUUGAAGAUGGUUCCAUCAAGGCUGGCAUUUGCAGCCUGCGCUCUUCACUGUACCGGCUUCAAUAAUGCAGAUCCUGCUUUCGAAUUUUUCCAAAGAGACAAUCUUGAGUAUGGUGAAAUCCUGCCAUUUCCCGAGUCUCCAUCCAUAGAGUUUAAACAGUUCUCUACAAAACACUUCCAAACAUAUCUAGAAAACAUAAUUCCAGUCUAUGUCUCUGCAUUUGCAAACACCGAGGAGGGAGGCUAUCUGUUUAUUGGAGUGGAAGAUAAAAGUAGGAAAGUCCUAGGAUGUGCUAAAGAAAAUGUUAACCCUUACUCUUUGAGAGCAAGAAUAGAAAAAGCAAUACUCAAGUUACCUUGUGUCCAUUUUUGCCAAUCCGCAUGCCAGAUCAAUUUCACAACCAAAAUCUUGAAUGUGUUUGCUAAGGGAAAGCUAUAUGGCUUUGCUUGUGUGAUCAGAGUGAAGCCAUUCUGUUGUGCCGUUUUCUCAGAAGAACCCAGUUCAUGGCUGGUGGAGAACCAGCAAAUCCACAAGUUGACAAUUGACAAGUGGGUAGACAGGAUGAUGGAUAUAGACCAAGAUCUUUCACGGUUGUGCAAAGAUUUUGAAUCUCAACUGAGUCUAACUAGUGGGCCUCCUUUAAGCAGACCAGUGUUCUCCAAGAAAGGCCUGGAACAUAAGAAGGAUCUCCAGCAACUCUUAUUUCCAGUGCCAUCAGAACAUUUACAAUGUACUCCAGAACCUCUCUGGAAGGAGCUGUCCUCACAACAUGAAGGGUUGGAGAAGUUAAUCAAGGAGGAAAUGCCUCCUCUUUCCCGGGGAAUUUUGAUCUUUUCUAGAAGCUGGGCUGUAGAUCUGGACUUGCAAGAGAAACAGGGCGUCAUCUGUGAUGCACUGCUAAUAGCUCAGGGCAGCCCCCCUAUUCUCUACACCGUCCUCAGGGAGAAGGAUGCAGCGGGGCAGCACUAUUCCAUGCACACUGCCUUUACUUUAAAGCAGAAGCUAGUGAACAUGGGAGGCUACACUAGGAAAUUAUGUGUCCUGGCCAAGGUCCUCUCCCUGAGUGCUGAGGACACUGCGGAAUCCUCAGAGGGUCCAGGUUGUCUGCUAAAGUACUCUGAGUCCUACAGUCUUGCAGACACCCCACAAAUGGAAGCCUUGCUUCAGUCCCUCGUGAUCGUCUUGCUUGGUUUCAGAUCUUUUUUGAGUGACAAAGUCGGCUGUGAGGUUUUAAAUCUGCUCACAGCCCAACAGUAUAAGAUCUUUUCAAAGAACCUCCACAAGAACAGAGAACUGUUUAUCCAUGGUUUACCUGGAUCCGGGAAGACCAUCAUAGCCAUGAAAAUCAUGGAGAAAAUCAGCAAAGUAUUUGGCUGUCCUACAAAAGAAAUUCUCUACAUCUGUGAAAACCAGCCACUGAGGAAUUUUUUGAGUAGUAAAAAUGUCUGUCAAGCAGUGACCCGGAAAACCUUCAUGAACAGUAGUAACUUUGAAAGCAUUCAACACAUCAUCAUUGACGAAGCUCAGAAUUUUCGCACUGAAGAUGGUGACUGGUAUGAGAAGGCAAAAAAAAUCACUCAUAGAAAAAAGGAUUGCCCAGGAAUUCUCUGGAUCUUCAUGGACUACUUCCAAACCAGCCACUUGGAUUGCAGUGGCCUGCCUCCUCUCUCAGCCCAAUUUCCUAAAGAAGAGCUCACCAAAGUGGUUCGAAAUGCAGAUCUAAUAGCCAACUAUCUUAUGAAAGCAAUGAAGGAGGUAAGAGAAAAACCUCCACCUAACAUCCCCCAUGAGUCCCUGAAGAUGCUCCAUGAAGCUGAAUGGACUCACAGUGUUCGGGGAACCUUACAAGUUAAGAAAGACCUGACUCUGAGGCAAAUGAUGACCUAUGUGGCAGACACCUGCAAGUCUCUCUUUGAAAUGGGCUAUUCUCCCAAUGAUGUCGCUGUGCUUGUCAGUACCACGAAAGAAGUGGAUCGUUAUAAACAUGAGCUUUUGAAGGCAAUGAGGAAGAAAAGGGUAGUGCAGCUCUGUGAUGCAUGUGACAUGUCGGGUAAUCACAUGGUACUGGACAGCGUCCGGCGAUUCUCAGGGCUGGAGAGGAGCAUCGUGUUUGGAAUCCACCCAAAAUCAGCUGAGUCAGCCAUCUUAGACAAUAUUCUAGUCUGUCUGGCUUCCAGAGCAAAACAACAGCUAUAUAUUCUGUGGCAUGGAGACUAUUAA